AUGCGAGAAUUGUUGCGACGUCGUUUCUUAAAUCAGUUCUUCCAUAGAGUGGAUUUGAAACAUGUUUUGGAUGGCUCCCCAUGGACUUUUAACAAUGCCCUUCUCCUUUUGCACCAUUUGCGGGUUGGUGAGAAUCCUUUGGAGGUUCCUCUUUUCGAUGCUAUCUUCUGGGUACAAGCACAUAAUCUUCCUAUGGGUUACUGCAAUGAUGCGGCGGCUGGCUUGUUAGGUAAUUUCAUGGGUAAAUUUUUAGAGUAUGACUCGGCUUCUUUCACCAGAAGAUGGAGAAAUUAUGUCAGAAUGAAGGUGUCUGUGGACAUUCGAAAACCUUUAAAAAGGGUGAAAAAGGUGGCAACAAAGGAGGGUAAGGAAUUAUAUGUUUCUUUCAAAUAUGAGAAAAUAUCGACCUUUUGCUAUCUUUGUGGUCAGUUGGGCCAUGCAGAAUAA